CCUCAUUUUCAGUCCGGCAUUCAGUUAGGUAACAGAUCGUCCAACAAAAUUAUCAGAAAAAUCAUUUGAAAAUUUUCCAAUUUUUCUUACAAUGGAGAACGGUCCGGAAUUUAGUUGGGAGUACAGUCAUGGUGGUCAGGGAAAUCCCAACUACUCCCAGAUGGGAAGGAGUAGUGCUCCUUCUGGAGGCGGAGGUCGUCAGUGGCUGCACUCGAACCAGGGGAACACCCACAACUAUAUGCCCGGCUCCAGUCCACAUGGAAUGGGUGUCCACCAGAAUCACGCAUCUCCAGGUGAUCCCUUCGCCUCCUACAACCAGAAUAUGCUGAACAUGUACACGAACUUCAAGCCCAGCUAUGGUCAUUCUCAAGUUGGCCCGGCUACGGUCCAAGGAAUGGGACCAGAGCCUGGCCAGGAAAUGGGUCGGAGGAUGGGUAAUGGUAUGUCCCAGUCCAUGGGAUUCGAGGAAGGCAUGGGUUCGGGCAUGAGUCAGGGCAUGAGCAAUGGCCUCGGCGCUGGAAUGCGAGUUGGUUCCAUGCGUGGAGGUCAAAGGUUAGCUGGUGGCUACUCCAAUCGCUCGAACGGUCUCAACGAUUCAUACCCCACGCAAUCCCAUCGAGGUAGUUGGUUCUAGAUGAACCCACUAGUUAGUUCCCAACUAUAUUUUACGGAUCAGAACUGGCACUUUAUGAAUGAUAUAUAGGCUGUCCAUAUAUUGUAUUUACAAAGCAAAUAAAUCGAAAUUUUCCGUUUAA